AUGUCAGGAGUUAGACUAAAUCCGAUAAAUCUUUUUAAACGGAGAAUCAGAAAUAUAAGGUACUAAAUAAUUUUUUUAAGUUAAAAAAAUUAUGUUUUCCAAGUUCUAAUCUGCAAAAAAAAUAGCAAUAGGUAAAACAUAUUUAUAAUAAAAAUAAUGAGAAUAAAAAUGAGAAAAACUUGUUUACGUUGGUGAUUAUUGAUUUAGUCGCACAUUCGAAAAACGCAUUUCGAAAUAAAUAUUCCCAUAGGUUUUAUUUUUUUCAAAUAUUUAUAUUUAACCAUGUGAUAUUUUAUUUUUUGAACAAACUGAAAACUUUUUUUGUGAGAAGCUUUACUAGAAAUCUGGUAGUUUUUUUUUCUUGAUUUUGAAUCCGAUUGAUCUGGAGUACUUGGAGAGAAUCUUGAAUUUCAGCCAAAAAAUCCAAACUUCAAAAAGUUGCUCCCAGUGUCACUUAACUAGAAUAUUCUUCUUAAAGUCCGGCUUAUUGCAAAUUUUUUCCUGAUAAAAAGAAAUAUGAAUUUUAUUUGGAAAUACCGGAUUUUAUUACCGGCUUCAAAAAACUUUGAUCAAUUUUUUGGUCACCCUGUAUUUGUUUAUUUUCAAACAAUUUUCAUGAUGAAAUAGUUUUGAAAUUUCCAAAUUUUAUUUUUUGCACAUCAUCUCUUAACCGCAAAUCAAACAGAUGUUCUUUCUGUCUGGCAUUUAUAACUUCUUAUCAAUCAGAUAUAAAGUUUCUAAUUAUAUUUUGAGACGAACUUUCAUAAAAACAUAUUUUUUGCAAGACAUCUUUGUAUCUACAAUCAUAAGGUAUACAGCCUUAUUUGACAUAUCAAAAAAGGCCAUAGAACAUUAUCUUUUCAAGUCAAUAACACAUCAUGCAAAUACAGAAAAAAAUGUGUUUCUUAUCAUCAAAAAAAUUUUUGCUAUUAAACUGCUACGUAUCGUACCAAUAAGUCAUUCUUUUCAGAAAAUUUGGAUUCUUUCCAAUCAUUUUUUCUUCAAUAUAAUGGCAGAAUUUGAAGAAGAAUGGUCAAAAGUAAGUCUAUGAGAAAUAAAAAAUAAAUACUGAUGUGAGAAUAGUUUAGAUUGAGAAUGGAUACUUGAUAAUAAAAUGGUACUAUUUCCCAACAGCGACAAAUUUGAAGAUUGAUAUUGAUAAAAUUCUUGAUAUUCAAGUUCGAAGUCAAGCAUCGAGUUAUAAGAAGAAUUGGGGAUCUUCGUCUCUUAAAACUUGGUGGGCUUGUGACAUGAAAAGGUGAGUAGAAUGAAAGAGAAUUAAAAAAAAUGAUAGAAAUUGAAAGGGUUCUAGGCUCUCAUUCCGAAAAAAAAUGUCUAAAAAAUUCUGGAAAAUUUCCAUACAAUUUCGAUUUUUUAGAAACGGUAAUGAGAAGUUGUAAAAUCUGAAAAAAGUAAAACUUUAUUUUUAAAGUUUUUGCUUAAGAUAUUUUCAGUCAAAAAAUUAGAGAAUGAUAACAAAGCAAGAGUCUAGUUCAUAACUCGUUAUCAAACCCAAUUUUCCUCAAAAAAUUGCAUCAUGGCCAGUUAUAAAAUAAUAUUUUCCAGAAACUUCCGUUCAAAACCCGAAGGUUUCCACAAUGUCACAAUAAACAUUGGCGAUACCUUCAAGAAAGGAUUCACUGUACAAGAUUUGAACAAAUUCUUGUCGGCAAUGCGGAAAUAUUUGAAAAAUCAAAGUAUUGUUUUCAAAUAA